UACGAUCAUUAUGACAGAUAGUGCAAAACAUCAUGAUAUAAUUCUCGACUAUCUCCGGCGGAAAGGCUUUACCGGGGCUGAGGAAGCACUCAAGCACGAUUUAACAGCUCAGGGUUUACCAGCAAAAUCUGAUUCACACGUACAAUCAUUGGAAGAGCUCGCUGCAGCUUCAGCUUCAGCUUUGAAGAAGAAAGAAGGCGAGGAAACACCUUCUGGACCAUCAAAAGAUGGCGUUAUGAAUGAACUCGUUAAUAUCGCAUCAAAUGGUCAACUUGGAAAGCAGACUGUCGAUAGGUUACUCCUCACUGAUCCAACUGAACGUGAACGCGGUUAUCGCGAUUUAGAUAGAUGGGUCGAAGGCAGUUUAGACGUUUACAGACCUCAAUUGCGUCCUAUCCUUUUCCCUAUUUUCGUACACACUUAUUUAGACCUCAUCAGUUUGUCAUUCCAGAAAUCAGCAAGGGCAAUGUUGCACAGACACGCACACAGUUUGAUACCAUACCACGGUGAUAUUAUUGCUCACCUAGGUAGUCUUACAUUGCCAGCUCACGUUAAGUCUGAUCCACUCGCUAUCAGAUGGAGAUCUCAGAAGUAUAUCGUUAGACUAGGCAAAGCAGCCUGGAACUUGUUAUUAGGAUGGCUUAGUGAUGCUCUCGUUGGUGGUCCUGGUGGUAGUUCCACUGGUGGCACUGCUGAAUCCAAAGGACGUGCACUCAUGUUGAAGAUUGUCAAUGAGAGAUUAAGAGUAGACGUCGUCGAAAGUGCUACGAAGAUUAGUCAGGAAAUGAUCGAAGAAUCUACCGGUUUGAUUUCUGAUCUUACAAUUACAUAUCCUACCGUCCCAGGGCAAAGAAUGGCCAUUGCACAAUCAGCUCAAAGUUUCAACAAUAUCAUUGGAGAGUUAAAACUCGGGUUACCACCAUUAGACGAUGGUUUGAGAGCCGAAGUAGAUCACCAAGUAGCCGUAACCGACAAUUUAAACCGUGAAGAAGGUAUGGAGAUAGACCAACAAACUCCAGCAGUACAACCAGCACAAUCGCAGCAACAAUCUGAACAAGGGGCUCAAUCGCAGAGUGGUGAAGCUAAUACUAAUCAAGAAGCGGCAGCCGCUGGCGAAAUAAGAGAUAGUAACAAUUUACUUGCACCUACCAGGGCUGAUCUUCCACCUUUACCUGUUUUUAGAACUGCAGACGUAAGAAGAGAAGUCGAGAAGGUUUUCGAUAGCAGAAAAAGAAUAAACCUUGGUGUUGAAAUGGAGAAAAAUACCAAUGGAGUUGAGGAAACGAUGAAAGCCAAAAUAACAUUACCUUCAAUUUGCGCAUUCACGUUGCAAGACGUUGGUGAUCAAUUAAAUUGUACAUCAUUUUCACCAGAUUCAUCUAUCUUAGCGGGUGGAUUAUCUGAUUCAACAGUUCGAUUGUGGAAUCUCAAAGGUGAAUCAUUUAUGGGUUUGAGAGAGGAUUAUGAUAGAGAAAAGCCACCUUCUUCAAUGAAAAGAUUGAAAUUAGAUACAGGUGCGAAAGACUUGAAGUUCGUUGGUCACUCAGCUCCAGUAUUUGGUUUAUCAUUCGAUCCAAGCUUUGGUUCACCAGUUCAACCACGUCAUCUUAUCAGUAGUUCUGCAGAUGCAACAGUCAGAUUAUGGAGUUUAGAAACAUACUCAAAUUUAGCUGUAUACAGGGGUCAUAGAGAUCCAGUAUGGGAUUGUGAAUGGGGGCCUUAUGGUAUAUACUUCGCUACUGGAUCUAGAGAUAGAACUGCACGUUUGUGGUCUGCUGAAAGACCAAACGCAUUGCGUAUAUUUGCAGGACAUCUUGGUGAUGUUGAAACUGUUAAAUUCCAUCCAAAUUCUUUAUACUUAGCAACAGGUUCAACUGAUCGUACAGCAAGAUUAUGGGAUGUACAAAGAGGUGCAUGUGUGAGAAUAUUCAUUGGUCAUCAAGCACCACUUUCAACUCUCGCACUCAGUCCUGAUGGAAAAUAUCUCGCUAGUGCAUCAGAUGAUCUCUCAAUUAGUCUUUGGGAUUUAGGUAGUGGAAGACGUAUAAAGAAAAUGUUGGGACAUACUGCACAAAUCAAUAGCUUAAACUUUGAUGCUAACUCUAAUAUGCUUAUUAGUGCUGCCUCCGAUUGCUCAAUUAGAUGUUGGGAUAUUCUUAGUGCUAACACAGAACGUCCAGAUAGUACAACUAGUGACCUACUUGAAACGUUCUACUCAAAAAAUAGUCCAGCUUAUGAUGUAAAAUUCACACCACGGAAUCUUUGUUUGGCUGCACUAGAUGGUGGAAAUAUAGCAGCAGACUAAAUAAUACACUUUAAUAAGAGAAAUAAUUUGAAAAACAAAAUAUGCAUCUUUCUUUUCUUGUUAAUUUAUACUAUAUGAAGAAAAAAAUUACUUUUUAACGCGCUCUAAUUUCAUUUGAAGUUGAUGGAGGUGGUGUGCUAGUGUGAAUGUGACGUACGUUCCUGUCAACCAUCAAACCGUUAUCUUCCCAGUGUUUAGCGAGAUGGUGACUACUACCGAAUGCAUACUUAAGUACUUCAUUAUACUCUUCAACGAAAACUAAAUCGAGACCCUCCUUAACUGAUUGUGGUACAUUAGCGUCUACAUCUGCUUUACAUGCUUGAGGUAUGAGUACACGUUUAACACCCGCACGUUUAGCAGCUAAAAGUUUCUCUCUAAGUCCACCAACUGCACAGAUUUGUCCAACUAAUGUAAUUUCACCUGUCAUAGCAAGAUCUGGAUCAACUUUCAAUCCUGUAAGUAAAGAAACUAAAGCUGUUGUAAUUGCUGUUCCUGCACUUGGACCAUCUUUACCAAUUGCACCUUCAGGCAUGUGUAAAUGUAAAUCUCUGUCCUUAAAGACAUCCUUAUCUAAACCUAAUUGAUUGGCGUUUGAUUUUAUAAAUGAUAAAGCGAUUUGUGCUGAUUCUCUAAUAACUUCACCAAGUUUACCUGUUAAUUGGAGUGAACCUUUACCUGAAUAUAAUCUUGAUUCAAUUGGCAUAACUGCACCUGAACCAUUACCGAGGUAUCCUAAACCAGUUGAUACACCAGCAGGUGGAAGUUGUGAAUAAAGUCUAUCCUUUUGAUAAAUUGCUGGACCAACAUAAUCUGAUAAAUUGUCUGGUGUAAUCUUCAAACUAACAGUUGAAGGAAUUUCCAAUGGUUUUCUAGGUUGGGAAGAAACUCUGGUCGUUUCACCUUCUUCUGGUGUACUUUCUUUACUCCGCGACUGAUCAUUAUUUGACACUUCCGGCGUCUUAUUAUCUUCUAAUUGACUCUUGCUUUCAUUAUUCGAUUUUGCACUAACUUUAGCAGGUUCAGCUGAAGAGCUGAAGAAAUUUGAUAGUAUGUUUUUAGAAGUUUUCUGUAAUGAUUGUUGGGAUGACGAUGUUGAAGAUGUAGGUUCAGUUGCUGUUGUUGAUGAUGAUGAUGUAGCUUGAACCUCGUUAGGUUUUGGAGUUUCUGAAGGUAUAGUAGUAGUCUUUUCAAGAUCUUGUGCUUUAUCUUCAGGAAGGCUUUCUUCACCUAAGUCCUUGACAAUUCC